AUGUCACCCUAUCAGAAGAAUAGAGCACUGCUCACCGCGUUGGCUGAGAGAUGGUACAACAAGCAUAAUACUUUUCAUUUACCGAAGGGUGAGUUUACAGUGACACUCAAGGAUGUCUAUCGGAUUAUUUGGAUUCCGAUUACAGGAGAUCUAGUCGUGUAUGAUGUGGAGAAGAUUGGUAGAACAGAUGCUUUGCGGGAGGUGUUUGGUGAUCCAUAUAUUGCAGGUUACUCAGUGGCUUGGCAAGACAUGGUAGAUAGCUAUGCCCCACUCCCUUCAGUAUUGGCAGGCUUGAUCGGUAGCUUCCUGGUUCCUGACAGGAGGUCUCAUGGGUUGUCAGUUUCAUGGGGUCAAGUUAUCUAUGAUGAUGUGGCCAGUUUAGCUUUCGGGUGCACCCUACUACAGAUUUGGGCAUGGGAGCAUAUAGCAGUGACCCGUCUGAUUGGAGAGAUAUUUAGACUAGCAGGGGCACCUUAUGUGAUGAUGUACAUCAAGGUCACUUCCCAUCCAAUGCUCGAGAAGUUGGAGUAUUGGAGACGAGCCUUAGAUGAUAUGGAUACAGUGGUGUGGAGGUUGUAUCGACUCUGUGAGCCUUGGCCCGAGGAUGGAUUCGAGGUGCCAUAUUUGUUUUUGAGCAGGUUUCUGUUGGGUUGA